UCUGCUUUUGAUAUCCCCACACUCUCCUCUAAGACUAGACGAUGUUGAGCCGUGUCAACUAAAGACUUUCUAGACACGAAUACGCACAAGGAACGUCGCAGAACAGCUGAGGGAAAGAUUAAGAGAGGGAAGGAGUCAUAACUAUCAUUCCUCGAAUACGACUGCGACGUUAUCAGAAUCCUAACAACAAGAAGGGUGUGAAGAAGCAGUAUCAUCCUUGUUGCUACUGGACGGACACCAGCUGAUAAGUAGAAGGCUAUCAUACGCACUGAAGAACACUGAAGACAUGGGGGGCGCUUACCAACAAUUUUCAAUCUGACACCGCUGCAACUGAUCAGAGAGAAUCCUCAGUUGAACCCAGAGCAGCUGUUCAGACAGGAUCCUCAGUUGAACCCAGAGUAUCUGAUCAGACAGGAUCCUCAGUUGAACCCCGAGUAUCUGAUCAGACAGCAUCCUCAGCUGAACCCAGAACAGCUGAUCACACAGGAUCCUCAGUUGAACCCACAUCAGCCAUCCAGAUGGCCCACCUCUUCCUGGCAGGUAAACCCUCCCUUCCUGACGACCCGGCAGGCAAACACUCAACCAAGGUUCCCAUGACAACGGGUCAGGCGGCGUCAGACAGGAAAUCUAAGGAGAAGCCGAACAACAAGGACCGUAGCAGUGACGGCCUAGUGACCACCGUGCCGUUAAUCAACGAGGUCCAGCUCACAGCAGCCACGGGAGGGGCGGAACUGUCCUGCUACCGUUGCACGGUACCGUUUGGCGUGGUGGUUCUGAUCGCUGGUGUUGUGGUGACGGCAGUGGCAUAUAGUUUCAACUCCCACGGAUCCACCAUCUCAGUCCUGGGCCUGGUGCUGCUGGCGUCUGGGCUGGGUCUCCUGGGCUCCAGCCUGCUCUGCUGGAGGGCCCGCCAGGGGAGGAGGAGGAGGGAGAGGAGGAGGGAGAGCCAGACCGCUCUCAUGGCUGGGCAGGGAGCCAUGGCCUGAGGGUUUGAGGAGCAGAUGGAGGGAUGGAGAUGUUGGAGAGAUGGAUAUGUUAGGGGAAAAGGGGUAAAGGUUCCCUUCAAUUCAUGAAGAAGAGUGAGAGGGUGGACAGACUGAUAGAGACAGAGAGAGAGGAGGGAUAGAAGGAGAGAGACAGAGAGGGUAGAUAGAUAGAAAGAGAGAAAGAGGAUGGACAGAAGUCCUACAGUGGAAAGUUUGUUAGUUAGUUUAGGGUUGAUUCCCCUGACGUGUCCAGAUCUGGACUGAUGGAUGGCUGGCUGUAUAUACAGACAGGAUGGGUGAGGCCUUCCCUGGAUUCUCUUCUUCGUGAGCUGGGAGCACAGACUGUAAAAAGAAUGGACGACGUGUCUCCGCUUCCUUCCACUGUACAAAAAUUAAGCCAAAAUAUCCCUGAUCUGGGUGCUGCCAUCUUGCACUGGUGAUGCCAGUUGGAGCCAGAGUCUGCGCUGUAGUGAUCUGGUGGUGGAGCCGCGGUAUCGAGGUCCCACCCAUACACUCGCCCGACCCAAUCGCAAGCACACACUUAUCCCUUUUUAUAUAGUCAAAUAACCAAUAACAAAUGAGCACUUGAACAGACAUCAGUGUGAUAAGAGCUACCUAAUAUGACAUAUAUAAAGCAUCUUUGGAUGUCUUUUUUAAAAUUAUUAUUCUUUAGUUUGGCUCAUGUCCCAUCCGCCCAUACUGCAGCCCGCCACCAGGGGGCGAUCAAGAUGUUUUGGCUUUUGAGGAGCUGUCAUGCAGUCCAUUCUUUUUACAGUUUAUGGCUGGGAGAAUCAAGUCAUUGAGUGAUGGACCGUUUUGUUGAUAAUGUUUAUGUAUAGAGUGAUAUUGUGUCUGUGAAUCUAUUUGCUGCUAUUAUGUUGACAUUUAAAAAGAACAUUAAAGGUACGGCAAGUUCAUGCUUUGUUGAUAAAUAGGCCUAAGUGACUUUACAGGGAUGAAAUGUAAAAAAAGUAAAACUGGAUACUUAUGAAAUCUAUCCUGUUUGGUAUGCAUGUAGAUGCUUUCAAUGUUCAAGAAUGUUAACUUGCAACCCUUGCAAGGUACAUUAUACUUAAGUAUUCCUACUCUUAAUGUCCACAACAGUUUCCACAUUGCUAGCAUCGGCUCCUUCUUUCAUGUAAUAUUCUUCUAUACGUAAUAUUCUGCCCUUCAUCCUUCUAGUGUCCUAUUUAUUACCUGUUCAUUAUGUGUAAUGAUAUUUUGUCACAUUAAAUUAGAGAUCUCCAAAGUGCCAAAGUAA